GUGUUGGGUUUCCAAUGCAAAUAACUUGGAGUGGAUUAUGUACGGACCAAUUCUUGUGUGUAUUUUGAUAAACGUCGCUUUUUUAACGAACGUAUUGAGGAUAUUGCUGACUCAACUACAGAGCCAUCCGAAUGAACCAAGUAACUACAGACGCGCACUGAAAGCUACAUUCAUUCUCGUUCCAUUGUUUGGCCUCCAAGUGUUUCUGAUCGUCUACCAGCCUCCAGGGAAUGUGGUGAAUUUCUUCGCUUAUGAAGUUGUUGCUAGAAUAAUCAGUAACUCGCAGGGGACAGCAGUAGCAACCAUAUUUUGCUUCCUGAACAAUGAGGUAAGCUGCUAUUUAUCUCUUCCCCCCCCCACCCCCCUCCCCCACCCCCGCACGUGGUUGAAAAAGCCCCUUAAACUCCUUAGACAUUUCCAAGUUGAAAUGAGUUCACCCCGACCCCUCCCCCCCCCCACUCCGCUCCCUCUUUCGCUCUCUCUUUUCCUUGAAAAUGUGCGAGGGAGUGAUUUUUCUGGGUGUAGUUCAAACAGCAAAAGUCUAAUAUGCUCGAAUAAUCGGGCGGCUUCCUAA